AUGGCGUACUCUUCUUUUAGCGAUUUAAUUCCACGUCUUUCUCCUUGCGGGAUCCCCGCCAUUGGCAUUGGAACUUAUCAACUUCACGCCGAGAAUUGUGUGCAGUCCGUUUCGAGCGGGAUACAGUGCGGCUUUCGUCUAAUCGACACCGCGGCGGGCUAUAAAAAUGAGGCGCUUGUCGGCGAGGGGAUUCGAAAGAGUGGAAUUGAUCGCUCUGAUCUUUUUGUCGUCGUUAAAAUCCUCUUGAGAGCGAUGGGAAGCAAAGAUUUAGUGAGGGAAAGCAUUCGUGAGAGUAUACAAAAACUCCAAAUUGGCUACGCCGAUUGCGUUAUUAUGCACUGGCCGAGCGGCGCGGGAAUCAAGCCGGAAGACUCCGCGAGCAGCGCGGCGGCGCGGCGUCGAUGUUGGGAAGUCAUGAUGGAAUACCAAAAAAAAGGCUUAGUUCGCUAUAUCGGCGCCUCAAACUUUUUACCUCGACACUUUGCGGAGAUCGAGUCCAUACGGAAAACGCUUCAGGAAGGGGAAGGGGAGGGUGAUAGCGCGUUCGCGAAGCCCGUCCUCAACCAAAUUGAACUCCAUCCGCUUUGUCUUCAAGAAGACGUCCUCGCCUACUGCCGAGCGAAUGAGAUGAUUCCACAGCAGUACGCCCCCCUUGGCGAGAACGAUGAGCGGCUUGUAAAGCAUCCCAAACUGCUUGAACUUCAACAACUUUACUUCCCACAACAUACCAUCUACGACAUGCUCAUUAUGUGGGGACUCACGCAAGGGUUUUGUACAAUUCUUAAAACUGGCCUUGCCGAGCACCACAAGGCGAACUUUCAGGCUGCCAUUGACUACUUCGCCUCGGUGAGGCGGCAAUCCCAAAGCGGUGAAGACAGAGACGAAAACAACAAUGAUAAAUUAUCAAACACGCCUGAAGCGAAGUCGUCGAUGACGGCAUUGACGCCUCGAUUCUUGGAUAACAAACAGCUCGAGGUGAUUCGAAAUCUACGGGAACUCAUGAAUGUAAAAGAGGAUAUGCAUGUGUGUUGGUACAGCGAACACAUUGCCUAA